CGUAGCCCAGCCUUAGACCAGGUCCUAAGCUCUGGUGUGUGUCUGACAGGUGUUUACCACGUGGGGUGGUUCAGCACAGAAAGCCUCUGGAGCACCACAGGCGGGUUAGAAGACAUGAGCAAAACCCUGCCCCUGCCAGUACAGCUGUAUAAGCUCCAAGAACAGCUUUACCAUCUGCACUGGAGUGCCGAGGAUGUCACCGAGCGGGCUCUACAAGAAGGACUGAAGCAGGCAAAGCUCCCAGGAUUUACUGGACGGGCUGUUCAGGAGAUCAUCAAUCAAGCCCUGAAGAAGCUGGAGGAAAUCCAGGUCCCGAUGCCGGAUUACGCCCUGAAAUCAGCAGGGGCAGCCGUCAUUCGUUCCAGGACUUCUCCAUCACUCCGGGAUGCCAAAGCAAAAGUCUUCCUGUAUUCGCUGCCGGUGAUGGAUUACAUGAGGUCUCCUGAGCUUAUUCUGGAGCCAGAAAAUCAUCCUGGCAACUGCUGGCCGUUUCCAGGAAGUCAAGGACACGUCUUCAUCAAGCUGUCCAUGCCGGUCAUUCCCAGAGCCGUCACCAUGGACCAUGUCUCAGGGACAGCGUUCCAUGCAGAAAGCAUCUCCGGAGCUCCAAAGGACUUUGCUGUCUACGGCUUCAAGGAAGAACACGAGGAGCAGGGAACGUUCCUGGGACAGUUCACUUUCCUGGCAGCACUGAAUCCCAGUCAGACCUUCCAGCUGAAGAACGAGCUCCCUGGGGUCGUGAAUUACAUCAGGCUGCAAGUGCUGAGCAACUGGGGCCACCCGGACUACACCUGCCUGUAUCGGUUCAGGGUGCACGGUGAUCCGCCCAAAGAUGGGGGAGACACGGCAGUUUCAUCUAUCAAUAAAUUCCAUUAGUUUUCACCCAGUCGAGUUCCAUUCUGCUUUGCCUGUGACACUGACUGGUCCUCCCUGAGCUCACUGGAGCUCCCCGUCCUUCUCUAAACCCACCAGCUUA